AUGCCUCCAUCCAUCAUAUCGAGUUCCAACAAUACACCUAGCAGGUAUCCGCACCAUCCAUCGCAGCCAUUAAAAACAGCGAAGGACGAUUUCAGCCCCGGUGCAUCGCGCCCCAACACCAUGACGCGCACCGUGGAUCUCGAGGCGACCAUUGAAGAGUGGGUCAACGGUCUCACCUCUCCUCUGUCCACGCCAUCCGAACGCAUCAUCAUCCUCAACGACAUCGAAAAGAUGCUCGUCACCGUGUCAGAUCCAUCGAGGAGAACAAUGGCGACCUUCUUGCCCUCUGUCAAUCAGACCACUGCCAUGUUUUGGGCGUUGCAGGCCACUGCCGGGUACAGCCUUGCCGAGGUGCUUCUCGCCCAUGUCUACCGACUGCACCUCGACCUCGAACGCGAGAACGAGGUUUGCAAGGCAUCAGAGGUCUCGAUGCCCUCGGGGAGCUCGUGUUCGCUCGACUCGCAUUCCACAAACUUGCAAGGCUUGGGACUCGAGCCAGCAGUAUGUUCACCAAAACUCCAUCCAAAUGCGUCUCAUGCCAUGUCGGAUGUGCAACGCCAGCGCGUCCAUUUGAUCGUCUCGGAGAUCUGUAUCGCCAUCACUAUCCUCCAGGGACUCACCCUGUGCAGCAAGGCAAGUAAACGGAUCACACAGCGUAAAUCGGCCCUUGAGCUCUUACUGCAGAUCGCGCUUGCCGAAUACUGCACGAGCCUUCUCCCGCCCAUUCUGUGCCCGACCCCAGCAUCCGCUGCUUUGACGCCAACAUCACCAUCGUUCGCACUUCCUCACUCGCCUUCCACACCGACCAACAGCUCUUCCUUUUCCUCUAGCCCAUCCAAAAAGCCCGCACCAGAAGGUGCCAAUGAUGCACCGCUCUCUUUACCCUCCGGAUUCGCACUCGACCUACUCAUGUGCAUCCUCGUCGACAGCGACGUGGCCCAAGAACGCUUCAGCGACAUGGGCGGCAUCCACCAGAUCGUCCAACUCAGUCACAAAUGCGCCGACACCGUCACGACACCUGCCAGCACGCCCACCACCGCUACAAGUCCCAGCUUCGCGCAGGCUGUAGCAAGGUCCAGCCACGUAACGGCUCUCAAGCAGACGGAUCUGCUGUGUUUGGAGUUCCGCUACUUCUGGUCACAGUUGCUCCAGCAGGGCGAGAGGGCGUCGAGGCGGUCGAGUUUGGAAGGCAUUGCUUCGGCCGCUACGAGCUUUUACAGUGCUGCGGAGGAUGCGGGCGAGUCAACGACGCCCAAGGCGAGUCCCAAGAAGCGCGUCUCGAGGGUGAACCUUCGAGAGCAGCGCAAAGAGCAGGAGGAAAAGGAGGCCGCGGGAGAGACUCCGAAAGCUACGGCGCGGAGGAGAGUCGUUGCGCCGACGACGGUGCGCGCGACAAGCGAAGAGGCCCCCUCCCGACCGAGAGCCUCGCGCGACGAUUCAGAGAUGCCAGCACGAGGUGUAUCCGGCUCCCCACGAAAGCUGCGCCAUAGUGCGUCGGUGGCAGAACUGCGUCAGAAGCCCGUCAGUCUAUCCAAAUCGAGUGUAACCCCUCCUCCCGUACCACCACUCCCAACACUUCCGACCACCGACUCGCCGCUAUCGUACACCUCGGACGCCCUCGCUUCGUCUCGGCGUCACCGUCAGGCGACGACGCGUCCAUCUACGUCUACGUCCGACUCACGGCCGCUCUCCCGGAACGACCGCAAAGAAGAUCGCGUUCGACGAUCGACCGUUUCCGAAGCCAAUCCAGCACCGCCUGCGCUGCCCUCACGGGAUGAAGGGAACGAGCGGCAGCGGCUGAGCAAGUUCAACGCCUCCCGUCCGGGUAUGUCGUCGCGCGAUCGACCGCGAAUUCCGUCGCCACUGAAAGCACGCACACCCGCCCAGGAGGUAGCUGAACUCGAAGACCGCAUCCGACGCAAGCAGGCGCUUGCCAGUCAGCAGGCGAUCCCGUACCGCCGGCUGAGAUCCUCGACCACAAGCACGCCGUUCGACGCCGCAGCCGCGCGACAGGGCAUGGGACGAGAACCAACAGAGCCCAUAGACGCGGACGAAAACCGCAAUCCUUUCCAUGCAGCAGCAGUGGACAUGUUUGCGGGCAGCAAGGGAAGGGUUUCCGGCGAGGGCUUGGUGUCGUCUGCGUCGCAGAGGAGUGGAGGGAUGGCGAGCGCUGCUUCGGCUGUGUUUGGUAGCAGUGGCGGGUACAGCAACGAGCGGACGAGUUUGUCUAGGAUUCCACCGAGUCCGGCUGUCAGGCGAGCUCAGCUGGCUAGAGCGAGAUCGUUGUCGCCAACCAAGCUUUCGCUGCCUUUCACUCCAACACCCGCCGCCGCACUGCGUGAUGUGUAG